UCCCUCGCCUUUACUUGACGGACCCCACAUUGUUGCCUUUCUCUUAGAGCCUCUGAGAUUGGUUCCUAGGCUAGGCAUAAUGCCCCUGCCUCCCAUAAGACUGCCCAGCCCCUACGGCUCUGAUCGGCUGGUACGGCUAGCAGCCAGGCUCCGGCCCGCGCUCUGUGAUACCCUGAUCACCGUGGGGAGCCAGGAGUUCCCAGUCCACAGCCUGGUGCUAGCAGGUGUAAGCCAGCAGCUGGGCCACAGGGGCCAGUGGGCUCUGGUAGAAGGCAUCAGCCCUUCCACCUUUGCCCAGCUUCUACAUUUCGUUUAUGGAGAGAGUGUAGAGCUGCAGCCUGGGGAGCUGGGGACCCUUGAGGAGGCGGCCAGGGCCUUGGGAGUACAGUCCCUGGAGGAGGCAUGCAGAAGGGCUCGAAGGGACAGGGCUGAAGAAGAGCUGGAUCCAGGGCUGAAGAAACAUCAGGAGGAGCCAGAGAAACCCACAAGGGAUUCUGAGAGAGGACUGGGGAGGCUUGGAGAGAAGCAGGAACCAGAGAAGUUUUUUAGAACUGGUGAGACAGAACAGGAGAUGUUGCACAAGCACAAGCCACCGAGAGAGAGCCCUGAGAUGGCAGGGGCCAUGAGGGAGGAUCAGGGGGAGCAAAUGAGAUCAAAGGAGGAGAAACUCAGCCAAUCCCCUGUUUGCCACGGGGCAGCAGAUGGGAAGCGAGGAGUGGUCAUGUGGGUGAGGGAGAGUCCAGGGGGCUCUGAGGAAAGUCUGCGGGAGUUCCCUGGCCCCCUUCCCCUACCAAGUUCCUUCCAAACCAGCAUCAUCCCCAGGCCCUGGUGGGCUGAGGCCCCUUGGUUGGGGGAGAGCCAGCCUGCCCUGUGGAGCAUCCUGUUGUUGCCGCCCAGAUAUGGCACUCCCUUCUCCCAUAGCACCCCCACCACUGGAGCCUGGCAGGAGGUCUGGCCUCAGGACCAGAGGAUCCCACUGGCCCUGAACCUCCCCAAAGGGCUCUGGAGCCAGAACCAGUUGGCCUCCUCCAGCCCCACCCCAGGUUCCUUCUCCCAGGGCCCCACACAGCUCAGCCCUGGGGAGAUGGAAGAGUCUGAUCAGGGGCACACAGGAGCACUUGCAACCUGUGUGGGUAAUGAGGGUACAGCAGGCCACCCAUCUCACCAACACCCUCCCCCAGCCCCUUCUGCUCGGUCUCGGCCCUAUGCUUGCUCUGUCUGUGGGAAGAGGUUUUCACUCAAGCAUCAGAUGGAGACGCACCACCGAGUCCACACAGGAGAGAAGCCCUUCUCCUGUAGCCUUUGUCCUCAGCGCUCCCGGGACUUCUCUGCCAUGAGCAAGCACCUGCGGACGCACGGCGCCGCUCCCUAUCGCUGCCCUCUGUGCAGGGCCGGCUGCCCCAGCCUGGCCUCCAUGCAGGCGCACAUGCGAGGCCACUCGCCCAGCCAGCUCCCGCCCGGAUGGACCAUUCGCUCCACCUUCCUCUACUCCUCCUCCUCCUCAAGGCCAUCGCGGGCCUCGACCUCUCCCUGUUGUCCCUCCUCCUCCACCACCUGACGAGGUGUCGGUAGCUUCUUUGGGCUCAGCCAAGAUUCCAAGUAAAGAAUGAGAAUCGGGCCAGCUCGGCUUCUGACCCGGCACUGCUGCUGCGGCAGCUUAGCAAACUCGGCCCCAGAAGUGCCUCAGGAAGGCGGCUGAGAGCUCUCUCCCGGACAACCGCGGGUCGCAGACCCUUGGGCCAGCGAGCCCCUUUAGGUUGAGGGCUCUUAAGUUUACAUGAGUUAAGGUUAACUGUACGGGGACGGUCGGUUUCAUCACCAUAAUAAAGAGAUUCCUGUGCUCUCCUUCCA